AUUGAUUUAUGUUGUUUCGUGUUAUUCCAAUGCAUAAAAAUUGUGAAUACUUUGUUUUUUUUAGAAUUGAAUUUAUAUAACUAAUAAUGAACAAAGCUUUUCUUUUUCCAUUAAUAAUGGUGUUAUUUUUAUAAAAUAAAAUAAAAUAUAUACUCAGUUGGUAACCAAUGCCACUGAUGAAAUACUUUAAUUUAACUUUAUAGUAUAAAAGUUAACAGUUUUCAGAUCUUACUUUUUACAAUACGAUUUUAUUGAAUUAUAGUUUAUGGCCGUUGAUACAAAAUGGACCAAGAUGUUACAAGAUUUAUAUACUUUAUAUUUUUGACAACAUUUCUAAUCGAUUUAGGAUCAUGUACACAUUAUUCAAAAUAUAUCGAAUAUGAUAUAGAACAUGGGAAGGACUGUCAUACAAUUGGAUCAAAUAAACAGAACAAAGAUAUAGCAGUUAUAGUUAAGAUUACACUCGAUCGUGGAAUCAAUGCUGAUACGCAUUGUAAAUUUGUUAUUAAAGCUAAUAAAGGAGAUGGCUUGUUCGGUGUCAUACAAAAAAUGACAUUCAGACGUAAUAAAACAGAGUGUGUAGAUUAUGUACAGUUUAAGAGAAGCGACAGACAAGAAACACAAAAGUUUUGUGGAAAUUUUGAUCGUAAUACAACUAAAUAUUAUCCAGUCCCUGAACCAGAAAAUAGCACUUAUGAACUUGGAUCUUUUUUUUCUGGAAGUACAUAUGCAGAAUUUGAUAUAGGUGGCAAAUUAGAAACUACAAUAUUUAUUGCCAAAAAGGGAUAUCUAUUCCCAGAAAAAGUUCCUACUCUCAGUAUUGUUUAUACGCCGUAUAAAAAAUGCAAGGGCAACAUUUUGAUAAACUAUACAGCAAUACCUUUUGAUUCAUGUAUUUUACAAGAUUACUUUUGUGAUGGAUAUCAAAAUUGUGCACCAAACAUCUGUCAAGAUGAGGCAACUUGUUCAAAUGCCAAUGACAUCAUUAACAAUACUGGAACAAAAGUAACAGUAGGUGCUGUGACGACAAUAAUUUUGUGUACAAUUCUUUUUGGUGUUUGCAUAUGGGCAUGUAAAAAAAAAGAUUUACUCUUUUGGUCUUCCGAUUGUGCUGGUCCAAGUGCACACUCAUCAUUAUCUAGAUCAGGUGGACAAGAAUCUGGAAGCACUAGUAACCCCCAAGUUCCAACAGCUCCAAUGUUAGAAGUGGUUGUACCACCUCCUGUGUUAGAUAAAGAUCUUCCACCUAGUUAUGAUUCCUUAUUUCCAGAACAGAAUAAUUCUACUAUGCAGUAAAUGUAAGUUAUCAAUGAUAACCUUUAAUUUUUUGCAGUAUAUUGCUUAAUGUUUUAAUUAGGUGAUGCUGCUUCUUAAACAAUGUAUAUGUACAAGCAUAUAAAAAAAAAAGUUAAAAUCAGAAAUACGUCUUAAAAAAAUCUAAGAUUAAAUCUUAGAAUUAAAAUGAACAAAAAAAAAUGAAGUACAAAUUUCUGCUUAAUUCUUUUUUCAUGUUUUUAAUAUGAGUAUUAAAAUUCAUAACUUUAUACUACAUUUUGUAUAAUUUUUAUGACAUAUUUCUGAUAUGGUUUAUACAUAUACGUAUCCAUAGCCUUUUUUUUCUUUCUUUUUUAUUAAGAAAUUAAAAAUGUAUGUAUGUAUUAAGUAAAAAAUAAGUUUUUUCAAGAAAUAAUGUAUUUAAUGCUACAAUGUGGCAACAUUAACAAUACUUUUUAUUUUAUUAAGGAGGUGCAGCAUAUUUUCUAAAAUGUGUCAAUUAGAAUGAUUAGUAAGGUAGUCAUAAGGAAAUCAAUUUUAUAUUUAAUAUUUUGAUACAUCUUGUUUUCUAUCUGAAAAUACAGCAUUAUUUCUUUAAAAAAAUUUUGUAUGAAAAUCUUGAUGUUACUCAAAAUUUAUAUUAUCUAGAAAGUGUAUUUCUAUUAAGAAUUAUAAUAUAAGUAAUUGUAACUUUUUUUUACUUCUGAGCCAUGACAUUUUUCCUAAUGUUAUAUUGGUUUUUAUAUCAACAUUUAAUACGAACAUUGCCACUAAUAUUUAUAAUGAACAAAUAUAGUUUAUUUCAAUAUUAUCCUUUUAUUUUACUGUUAUUUAUUUUGCGAUCAAUGAUUAAUAAAAGUAUUGAUAGAAUAAGCACUAUAAAAAUAUAAUCUCUGUCGAUAAUAUAGGCCUUAACGCAAACGCGUAUGUACGUGUGCGUGUAAACCAUUUGUAAUGAAUUUGUAUAAUGAAAUUUUGUAAAUAUAUAUCCUUAUAUAUA